UUGAAAUCAAGCAGCCAAAGUGCAAGAAAAAGCAAGAAUCAGUCCAAAGUGACAAAUAAAAACUAAAAUUUAUAUUAGAAGGGAAUUGAAAAUCUUGUAAAAAGUUUAAAUCAUUUAAAUUAAUAAAAAGAAAAGACAGUCGAUUUUAAAUUUAAAAGCAAGAAUACAGCAGAGAUGCCAGCCAUUGGAAUCGACCUGGGCACCACGUACUCUUGCGUGGGCGUCUUCCAGCACGGCAAGGUGGAGAUCAUAGCCAACGACCAGGGCAACCGCACCACACCAUCGUACGUGGCUUUCACGGACUCGGAGCGCUUGAUCGGAGAUGCCGCCAAGAACCAGGUGGCCAUGAACCCAAGGAACUCGGUGUUCGACGCCAAGCGGCUGAUUGGACGUCGCUUCGAUGACCCCAAAAUCCAGGAGGACAUGAAGCACUGGCCCUUCCGCGUGACCAACGACAACGGCAAGCCCAAGAUGAGUGUGGAGUUCAAGGGCGAGGAGAAGCGCUUCGCCCCAGAAGAGAUCAGCUCGAUGGUGCUCACAAAGAUGAAGGAGACGGCCGAAGCCUAUUUGGGCAAUCCCGUGAGAGACGCCGUCAUCACAGUUCCGGCCUAUUUCAACGACUCCCAGCGCCAGGCCACCAAGGACGCCGGCGCCAUUGCAGGUCUGAAUGUGCUCCGUAUCAUUAACGAGCCCACCGCCGCUGCACUGGCCUAUGGUCUGGACAAGAAUCUCAAGGGAGAGCGCAACGUGCUUAUCUUUGACCUGGGCGGCGGAACCUUUGACGUCUCUAUCCUGACCAUCGACGAGGGUUCGCUGUUCGAAGUGCGCUCAACGGCAGGAGACACCCAUUUGGGUGGCGAAGACUUUGACAAUCGCUUGGUCAACCAUCUGGCCGAGGAGUUCAAGCGCAAGUACAAAAAGGACCUGCGUUCUAACCCACGCGCACUUCGACGCCUCCGUACGGCGGCUGAGCGGGCCAAGCGCACCCUGUCUUCCAGCACAGAGGCUUCUCUGGAGAUUGACGCCCUGUUCGAAGGACACGACUUCUACUCCAAGGUCAGUCGCGCCAGAUUCGAGGAACUGUGCGGCGACCUCUUCCGCAACACACUGCAGCCUGUGGAGAAGGCCCUGAACGACGCCAAGAUGGACAAGAGCCAGAUUCACGAUAUUGUUUUGGUCGGAGGCUCGACACGCAUUCCCAAGGUGCAGAGCCUGCUGCAGAGCUUCUUCGGCGGCAAGAGCCUGAACUUGUCCAUCAAUCCGGAUGAGGCGGUAGCCUAUGGAGCUGCCAUCCAGGCGGCCAUUCUGUCGGGCGACGAGAGCAGUCAGAUCAAGGACGUCCUUCUGGUGGACGUGGCCCCACUAUCGCUGGGCAUUGAGACCGCCGGCGGGGUGAUGACCAAGCUGAUCGAGCGCAACAGCCGCAUUCCGUGCAAGCAGUCCAAGACCUUCACCACCUACGCGGACAACCAGCCGGCGGUGACCAUCCAAGUGUUCGAGGGAGAACGUGCUUUGACCAAGGACAACAACGUACUGGGCAACUUCAACCUGACUGGCAUUCCGCCAGCUCCCAGAGGAGUGCCCAAGAUCGACGUCACCUUCGACCUGGACGCUAAUGGUAUCCUGAAUGUGACCGCCAAGGAACAGGGCACUGGCAACGCUAAAAAUAUUACCAUCAAAAACGACAAGGGUCGUCUCUCGCAGGCGGACAUCGAUCGCAUGCUAAGUGAGGCCGAGAAGUAUGCCGAGGAGGACGAGCGACACCGCCAGCGGAUCGCUGCCCGCAACCAACUGGAGAGCUACGUGUUUGGUGUGAAGGAGGCGGCCGAGCAGGGCGGCGAUCGCAUCAGUUCGGCGGACAAAAGCAGUGUCCUGGAGCGCUGCAGUGAGGCGGUAAAGUGGCUGGACAGCAACACCACCGCUGAGAAGGAGGAGUACGAGCACAAGCUAAAGGAGCUUACCCAGUUCUGCAGCCCCAUCAUGACCAAGAUGCACCAGGGAGCUGGCGACACUCAGCAGGCUCCCAAUUGUGGACAGCAGGCGGGCGGCUACAAAGGCCCCACCGUCGAGGAAGUGGACUAAGUUACUCAAUUAGACGUUCCACUAGUGUAGAUCUCAUAACCAAAAAUCCUCCUGGCCAAAAAAUAAGAUAUUUUUAGUUCGAAAAUGCUAGUUUUUAAUAAAUAUUAUUUAUGACCUGCCAAAACCUA